AUGGCCGUGUUCUUGCCACUGAUCGUGGCGGUCGCAUCCGCGCUGGAGAUACGGCCGUCGGAGCACGGGCUGGAGUUUCAGAGCCCUCCGCCUGCGGGAGAAAAAUCGUCGCCACAGAUGCGGUCGUUCUUCGUAGGAACAUCGUCGCCAAUUCCGGAUACAACAUUGCCGUUGCCGAAGGCGAUGAAUUCGAGCGAGGCGCCGGGAUGGUGGACCCACCGUGACGGUGGAAAUAAACGAGUAAGAAAUGCAUUAUUGGUGGCGACGGCGGCUUGUGGAAUUACAGGUGUCACUUUAUUAGUGGGUUCUACGCUAUUCUACAUUUAUAAGGUUAAAGCUUUUGGCGUUAACUAUGAUCAUCCCAUUGAUGAUUCUUUUAAUUAG